AGAAAGUAUUUUGGAUUUUUCUCAGGAUGAAUUGGAUGAACUUCGGGCGGAAAUGGAGGAGAUGCGUGACAGUUACUUAGAGGAAGAUGUUUACCAGCUGCAAGAACUCCGGAAAGAGCUGGACCGUGCAAACAAGAACUGCCGCAUCCUGCAGUAUCGUCUCAGGAAAGCAGAGCAGAAAAGUUUGAAAGUUGCACAGACAGGCCAAGUGGAUGGAGAGCUCAUUAGAAGUUUGGAGCAAGAUUUAAAGGUAGCCAAAGAUGUAUCUGUUAGACUGCACCAUGAACUGGAGAGUGUGGAAGAGAAACGUGUUAAAGCGGAAGAUGAGAACGAAAUCCUUCGGCAACAGAUCAUUGAGAUGGAAAUAUCCAAACAGGCACUACAAAAUGAGCUGGAUAGGUUGAAAGAGUUCUCCUGAUGCCUUUGGUGGGUUUCGAUGCCUUUUUGAGACUUGUGGAGAGACUGUUGCUUAAGACUGAAAUAGCAUUGGCACCAAAAGAUUGUGACACUUCAUGAAAGUCCCUGAUUUAUGCUUUCAGCCAAUGAUGUUGGGUUUGACUUUUUAUCCUGUGUUCUGCAGAACUUGCUCCAUUAAAACUCAAAAUUGGUAGACAUUAUUAAUUUAUCCAGGGCUAUGAAUGUGUAUGAUACUUUAAAUGUGAGUUAAAAAUGAUGGAUUCCUGCUCCUAAGACCUUGCAUUUUAAAUUUAAACAACUCUCAGUCACCUGUGGCAAUAGGCAUAGGGUGAACAAGGGGCAUAUGGAAGUUAGCUGGGUUAUCAGUUAUUGACUGUGUGAUUUAUUCAUUGUUACAGAAAUUCAAGUUUGAGGAAAGUGGAGUAAAGAUUUAGGUGGAGAGGUAGAGUUAUGUUACAGGACUUGGUUAUGGUACACUAACAACUCCAAUUAUUAUAGAAGAAGAUUAGCUUUGGCUAUCUUCAUUGCUGUAAAAAAUUAAAGAUCGCAUCAAAUUUUGCUCUCCCAUUGUCCAUUAUGGUUGAUUUAAGCCUAUCUAUAAGGGUAUGUCUAUACUACAGCAUUAUUUCGAAAUAGCUUAUUUCGAAAUAACGCG